CCUGCCAAUAAUUGAAAGGGCGUAAAGACAACUAAGCGGGCGUAUUUAGGAACUGAGUGGGUGAACAUUAAAACUGUGCUGUCAUUUAAAAGUUUAGGAAUAACUGAACGUUUAGGGGACAGAGGCAGAGGAGUGCAGACGUGAACUUUUUUCUUUUAGCAAAUGAAAGCGAGCUUUUAUAUCUUUAUGUUUCUUGCUUUUGGGAGAUUCUGACCAAACAGCCCGGCGUGUAUCGCUGACUCAGCUGGAACUGGACCAAUCAGAGCAGAUCCUGAGGGAUGUGAUGAAAUCAGACAUUGCUGGUGGGCAUUGAUCUCCCAUGAUGCUUCACCUUUGAACAGCGUUUGUGGUCAAUAGACCAUUUGAGGUGAUGGAAUGAGGAGGAGUCAUCUGCUCACAUGCUUUACUGUUACACACUUGUGUGUUAACAAGUUGACAAUCAGCACGAAAAGCCGUUGAAUCCCACGGGGGGGGGUAAUCAGGACAGGCAGCCUUUCAGAUCCCCUCUCAUUAACUAAGCGCAUCCGAGCUCGCGGUCUCGGAGUGGGAAUUUUCGCCGGGGUGGCAGAAACUGAAUAAAUGAGCUAAUUAUAACUCUGCACAUUCAGUCCUUUGAGGACUUGAGCAGUUAGUGGAAUGGCAGAGCGCUGCUGAAGAAGGUUAGAGAUGCUUGCGGGGAUGGAGGCUCCAGAUUAUGGGGUUCAGAUUUCUGGAUCCAAUCUCCUGGUUGGACGACAGAAGCCUGUUUGCCGUCAGAGAAAACAAGAACCAAAACAGUUCAGUGAGUUUUGUGUGAAGCUUCAGGUCCAGCCGGGGUCGCUGGCUGCUUCCUCUGGAGAAGAAACGUGGAGCGCAGCUUUCUUCGGCCCCCCGUGAAGAUCCUGGCAGCUUGAGCCAGAACGGAAACAGCCGAUCCGUCCAGUCAUCCAUCAGAAAAGCCGGAACCGUCGGGGUCUGAGAGGAGAUGCAGGGUCAGCCCACUCCUCACAGCGUCCAGGAGAAGGUUCCCGUCAGACCGUUCAGGUUCCCGUGAACUGGGCGUUCUCCAUUGUCUCGUGGAUGAAGCCCUGCAAUAACAGAAAAAUGAAAGAAUGGGAUUAAAGAUGGAUUAUCCCUAAAACCAGCAAAGCAGCUGCCUUUGCAUAAACCGAUUGCACGCCCUUCAGACCACCGAUUUGACGAUUACACCUGCCCGUUGAUGUGGUGGAGUCCCGUGCGGUUGCUCUUCAGAGAAGGACAUGGAUGGUGUGGAUGAGCUGGAGCACCCUCUUCUGGGAGAAACACCUGACAACAGCUGGGCCUCUGUGCCCGGGUCGGGGACCGGACCGGGACAGGACCCAGGGGGCCGGAUCAAGAGCCUCCUGGUGAAGUGUGAGGAGGACAAGGCCUACCCUCCUUUAGCGUGGAAGAGCUUCUGUGGGCAUCCUCUGGAUCUUCAGGAGCAGCAGCUGUUGGACCCCUGCUCCUUACCCCGCACCCUGGAGUCCUUUUACCCCGCAGCCUCCAUCUGGGGCAGUGCCAACCCCGUGCUCAGCAAAGACUACCUGGAGACCACCUUCGUUGACAUCCGGCCCGACCCCGCCCUGGAGAGGAAGCUUUUGGCCGAGGCGCAGGACUUCCGCAGCGUGUCCUACAGCAUGGACGACGAGGACGACCUGCUUCCUGACUCUGACGACUCCUCCUUUGAUGACUUCAGUGACACAGACAGCGAGAGCAACUUCCCUCUGAUGAUCCCUCAGGACUACCUGGGUCUGGCCUUCUUCUCCAUGCUCUGCUGCUUCUGGCCUCUGGGCAUCGCUGCCUUCUACCUUUCACAGAAGACCAACAAGGCAUCCGCUCAGGGGGAUUUUCAGGGCGCCAACGCUGCCUCCCGCCAGGCUCUGUGGCUCUCCGUGCUCUCCAUCGUGUUUGGAGUCAUCACCUACAUCUGUGCCAUCGCCGCGUUGAUUUCCUACCUGUCUGGAAAGCCGCCGUAAGAGGCCGCUUGGCCCCCAAAGACAGCCCCGAUGAGCACCUGCGAGCACGCCACGCGGAUGGCCGGUCUUUGGUUUCGGCGUGACUUUGUGGGCAGCUCCUUCCCCAUCACUUCAUGUAGAAGCUUCUGUCCGUGGACCCGUGCAUCACAUUUUAGCCAAAACUGAAGUUCAAGAACCAAAAAAAAAGAAAAAAAGCUUCCUGAGAAGGAAGGAUGACGGAGAGGCGAAGGGACAGCGCGCGGGGGGGGGGGGGGGGGGGUGUCUACCUGGGAGAUGGAGUCUGCACAUUUUCAUGAGGGUCAGAACAAGGACGACGAUCCCGCUGGACCUGGCUGGCACUGUCACUUUCCAGGAGGAAGAUGAAGAUGAUGAACUUCUCCUCCGGUCAAGCUGAACCUCCUGAAGGCUCAUCCCAGUUUAAAGUCACAGCCCCACUUACUGUUUACCUGCAGGAAGAAAAAAACGCCACCACCGUUUAUGCCAAGUUACAUCCUUAAGAAAAAAAAGCGAUUAAAAUUAACGAGAGUGCCAUUUUUGUAUGAAAAAUAUGAAAAAAAUGUAGAAGAAAUUGAAGAAAAGAUUGGACAGGGAGGAGGCAGAUCUCUGAGGAACCGUGCCAAGGCGUAAAGAUGAACAUCUGCCGCUGAGCUGUGAGCUCAGAUUCAUGGGUUUCCUCCUGCAGAACCGUGCAGAACCUGCAGAAGGCCUCUGUGCAGGCCUGCUUCCCGCUUCGCUCUCAUCUGUCAUCUGCCCCCAAAUUCAUGCAGGAGCAGCUCAGAUGACAGCGAAGUCACUUUGAUUCCACCUGAAAUGUGCCAUAAGCUGAAGCACGUAGGACAACUCCAGCAAAUACACAGGACCCGGUAGAGGUGAGAGCCCACCUUUUCUAUUUAGCUGUACAGUUUUUUAGAGUCCACGCUUAGUCGGUUAUUUUCUGUUACCCCACAAAAACUGCUAACUGUCACCGUGCUGUCAUGUGCACCUGUGGUAUCUGUGUGUGGACCCCACCAGAGCGCUGCGCACGGCGGCCGGCUCUCCUGACCACCUCGACUGCAUGGAGGGUGAAAAGUGACAAGAUGGGAUCAAGCCAUGAACUUAAAUGGCUUCAAUUUGGACUAAAAAUCUCAUUUAUUUAUUAAUUGAAUGUUCUGUGGGAAUGUGACGAGACAGAGAAGCUUAAAUGUCAGCAGCACUUGUGACGUUCUAUGAUACGGACACACCGGGCAUGUGAUGCGCGUUCAGGAACGUGCUACGCGGGCAUUCUUGAACGCCCUUACAGCGUUCCCGAUACUAGCGCAGGAGCUCACAGCUGGAAGAGGCUUGGUGUGAAAUGUCAAACCGGUGCACAUCUGGUUCCAAGAUCUUUCACAGCUCUAUUCCCAUAAAUGAAAGUGUCAGAAUUCCAGCCGAGCACAAACCCCAUUUUAAUUUCUGCACGGUGGCAGCCACUAUAGACUAACCCAACCACCAUGGCAACCACUCUCACCAAUCAGGAGUGAGCUUGUUGGAAGGCCACACCCCUACACGAAAUCUGACAAAGGUUUUAAAUGUUGGGGCCAGCAGGCCCCACCUACUUUUAUUGAGGCAUCAGAUCAUGAAAAAUUGAGUAUUCUCAAGCUUGAAAAUGUAGAGUAAGACAAGUUCUUCUGACCAAUAGACGGGGUAACAGCUGCUUUUUUCUCUAUAGAAGUCUGCGGGAGUUUGGCUUCUUGGAACCAGCAGGUACUUCCUUUUUGGAACAUCGGGGGGGAGGAGUCACUCAGUCCAGAUCUCAUAGACAGUAAAAAUAAAAUGGCGAGUGCCUGACAGUGGAGUAAGUAGUGAGUGACUUUACGUGUCUGUUUUUCAUUGGACCUUCUUUUCUAAGAAGCCCCCUAGUGGUCAUCUGGUGAACUGGCCUGCCUAUGAUGUGCCUCAGACAGGAUGAUACUAAUGUGAUUCAGAGGGCCGCAUUCCUGCUCGUUUACCAACGUUAGCUGCUCUGGCACGUCCUUAUUGGCUGGACGCACCUGGACUGGCGGUUAGACUCACGGGCCUGAGGUUAUCGCUCAUGGCGAAAAAGAAUUUUAAAAUAAAAGGCUCAGGAUGAACGUUUUCUCAAAGUUUAAAAUGUGAAACCAAAGCCAUGUCAUCGUAAGCCCCGCCCACUAACUUUCAUAUUUAAAUGACUGCACAAAGCAAAAAAAAUGAAAUCAGCCAAAUAUGUCUAUGUUGUAACUACACUGAUCCCCAAAGCUGAUGACAUAUUUCCUAAAUGGAGUAUUUUUACAUUUUGUCCCUUUUGCCCCUCCGUAGCACUGAGGACACGCCCACACCGCUCUCAGGGCUGCAGCCUUGAAGCGUUCGGAGGAACUUUAUUUUUGGAUCAUCAGAACCUCUAAAAAUACGGUUCACCCGUUUCCAGGGUUCAUUCCUUUAGUUACGUGUGAAUGUUAACGUGAAAAAUCAACAAUAAACCACAAUGAAAACUCC